CGCGCUGUUUUGGACCACCGUCGAGCAGCGUUUAAACUCCGUUCGAAGCCAGCCGCCAAAGCCUCAGACUGGCCCUGGGCCAGAGUCUACGUAGAAUCGUAUAUUAAGUCCAGAGUGGCCAUUUCCCAGACGUUCUCGAGACGUAGUGGGCUGUUCCGGAAUUUCCAAAUCGAUACAUGUAGCUCCCCUUCAUGUCUUCUUCAUCCGUCACAAAUUCCUCCAUAACGGAUGAAACUCUCCGUGCUCAAAUUUUCCAGAGAUUACACCCUCGCGUUUAUCUCGAAAGGUUUAUCGCCGAGAAAAUCAGACCAGAUGGACGGACGUUUGAUGAAUGGCGCACCGUUUCUGUGAAUGUCGGAUCGAUAUCAACGGCUGAUGGCUCUGCUCUUGUACGCAUGGGAGAUACUACGAUCGUUUGCGGCGUCAAGGCAGAAAUCGCAGAGCCCGAGCUCGAUCGUCCUGAACAAGGGUUUUUAGUACCCAAUAUCGAUUUGCCCGCAAUCUGCUCUCCAAAAUUCAAACCAGGUCCUCCAACAGAAGAAGCCCAAGUCCUAUCUGAUAGACUGAACGAAGCUCUCGUCGCCUCGGGCGCGAUUUCAUUAUCUUCAUUGUGCAUUCACCCCGGAAAAGCUGUUUGGACGCUUUAUGUGGACUGCACGUGUAUAAAUUAUGAUGGGAAUGCGUUCGACGCGGCACUGCUAGCCAUGUUGGGCGCGCUUAGAAAUACUACGCUGCCUAAAGCCACCUACAAUGAAGAAACUGGGCGCACGACGUGUUCGCGGAAAACUCAAUCGCCGGUACCAUUGACUCGAAAUUUUGCUUCGACGUCUUUUGGAGUGUUAGACACAUCACACGUUCUCUCAGAUCCCACUGCGUUCGAAGAGCCCCUGAUGGACGUGACGCUGACGGUUAUCGUAGAUGACCGAGGGGAGCUUAUCAGCACUACUGAGUCGGGCGGCGCGAUCUCGGAAGAGACGUUGUUGCGGUGUAUCAAUAGAGCGAAAGAAAGAGCCUUGCAGCUCAAAGACUGAUGGUGCACGAGUCCGUGUAGAGACAGUUGUGAGUGAAGAGGUUGACUCUUGUUGGCGUAGCCUGCUAUGAUAUAUGAGGCAACAGCACCUUCACAACAGGAAGGUACCAUAAAGCGCUUAAAUUGUUAUGGAUGUAUAGUCGUUCCAUUGCCGACAUUCUCAUGCGUUUUCGAACAUCCGAACUUCGUCACCGCAUUCUCAGUACCUGGCGGUGAUAGUAGUUGUUCACGAUUCGGUCACAAUACAUCACGCUGGAUGUACCAUCACUUACUACAACGUUUUCCCGCUUUUUAGCAUAUACCGCGGUAUGGCAGGCAUGGUCUAGUGUUA